AGAACGGCAGUGUGAGCGGAGAGAGAGAGGCACCGCGACCGACGGUGGUUACCAAUUUAUUUUCAUUUUUUUACGGCGACAAACGAGUGAAAAGGGGGGCACGACGCGCCUUUUUACCCGAACUGAGCGUUAGGUGUAGCUUCCUAGCUCGCUAAGGGCAGAGGCUGACAGCGGAGAAGGUGAGAGAAAUAAAGAAAAUAAGCCAAAAAAGCGAGAGAAGACGCAGUGACGAAGAGAGAGGAGAGACGGACAGACAUGGCCACAACGACUUGUACGCGAUUUACGGACGAAUAUCAGCUCUACGAGGAGCUCGGCAAGGGAGCGUUUUCAGUGGUGCGUCGAUGUGUGAAGCUGUGCACAGGCCAAGAGUAUGCUGCCAAAAUCAUCAACACCAAAAAACUAUCGGCAAGAGAUCAUCAGAAGCUUGAGAGAGAGGCUCGAAUCUGUCGACUGCUCAAGCACCCAAAUAUUGUUCGACUUCAUGACAGCAUAUCAGAGGAAGGCUUCCACUACUUGCUGUUUGACUUGGUGACGGGGGGAGAGCUGUUUGAAGACAUCGUAGCCAGAGAGUACUACAGUGAGGCUGACGCCAGUCAUUGCAUCCAGCAGAUCCUGGAGGCGGUGCUUCACUGCCAUCAAAUGGGCGUGGUGCACCGAGACCUGAAGCCAGAGAACCUGCUCCUGGCCAGCAAGUGUAAGAAUGCCGCUGUGAAGCUGGCCGAUUUUGGCUUGGCCAUCGAGGUGCAGGGAGAUCAGCAGGCAUGGUUUGGUUUUGCGGGGACACCAGGGUAUCUGUCCCCUGAGGUGUUGAGGAAGGAGGCAUAUGGAAAACCUGUGGACAUCUGGGCCUGUGGUGUGAUUCUCUACAUUCUGCUGGUUGGCUAUCCUCCAUUCUGGGAUGAAGACCAACACAAGCUCUACCAGCAGAUUAAAGCUGGAGCUUACGACUUUCCAUCUCCAGAGUGGGACACAGUCACUCCUGAAGCCAAAAACCUCAUCAACCAGAUGCUGACCAUUAACCCAGCCAAGAGAAUUACUGCACAAGAGGCCCUCAAACACCCAUGGGUCUGCCAACGUUCUACAGUGGCCUCCAUGAUGCACAGACAAGAGACAGUGGAGUGUCUGAAGAAGUUCAAUGCCAGGAGGAAACUUAAAGGGGCUAUCCUGACUACCAUGCUAGUGUCACGGAACUUUUCUGUGGGUAGCAGGCAGACCACGGCUCCGGCCUCGGUCACUGCCGCCGCCGCUGCUGUUGCUGCGGCAGCAGGCACCACAGCAGGGCUGGUGGAACAAGCCAAGACUUUGCUGAACAAGAAGGCCGACGUUAAGAAGAGGAAGUCAAGCUCCACCGUUCAGUACAUGCCCCAGACCAACAGCACCAAAAACAGCAUAGUCACGAGCCCCAAAGGAAACCUCCCCUCUCCUGCACUGGAAGCUCAGAGCACUGUUAUCCAUAAUCCAAUGGAUGGGAUUAAGGAGUCAUCCGACAGCAGUAAUGCCACAGUGGAAGAUGAAGACAUGAAAGGAAAGAGUGUAGAUCACAGCUCAGGUCUCGCCCAUUCAAACCCCAGCUCCCAGCCUGACCACGCCCACACGCCUCAGGCCUCUGCCCCUGCUGUCUUCACUGCCACCAAGUUUACAGACCUACUGGGAGUGGUGCGUAAGGGCUCAGGCCCUGCGGCUGACGGUGAGGGGAGCACCAAUAACCCCCCAGCUGCCCCCGUUGCUCCUACUGCCCCUCCCACCCCCCAAACCCCAAACACUCCCAUGCAGAUGUCACGUCUCACAGACCUGGUGAGCAGUGUGCGCAGGAAUCCCGUCCCCCAGGCAGACACUGAAUCAGCAGCACCCAGCCGACCCCUCACUACUCCCACUCAACCCUCCCCUCCUCCCCCCCAGCCCUCCUCCAGCCCCCUGCCUCCCUUGCACUCACGCAAACAGGAGAUCAUCAAAAUCACUGAACAGCUUAUUGAGGCCAUCAACAAUGGAGACUUUGAAGCUUAUGCUAAAAUCUGUGACCCUGGUUUGACCUCAUUUGAGCCAGAGGCUCUGGGAAAUCUGGUGGAGGGUAUGGACUUCCACAGAUUCUACUUUGAGAACUUGUUGUCUAAGAACAGCAAGCCCAUCCACACCACCAUUCUGAACCCUCAUGUACACCUGAUCGGUGAAGACGCUGCCUGCAUAGCCUACAUCCGCCUCACACAGUACGUGGACGGGCAAGGCCGGCCACGCAGCAGCCAGUCAGAGGAGACGAGGGUGUGGCAUCGCCGGGACUCCAAGUGGCAGAAUGUCCAUUUCCACUGCUCUGGGGCCCCUGCUGCUCCACUCCAAUGAAGGGACAGCUCAUUGUAGCCACAUCUGAGAAGAGCGCCCAGCCAGAGAACGAGAGAGAGAGAGAGAGGAAGAAAGAGAGAGAGAGAGAGCGAGGGAGGAAGGAGAGGAAGUCCAGUGUCAUGUGGCUUUGAGUCUGCAGUGCCUGACCCUACCACACUGGGCUCCGCCCCUCACUUGUCAAUCACGUCUCUGUGCAGUGUCCACCCCGCCCACUCCCGUGUCCCCCCCCACACCUCCCACCUGUGUUGCCACACCCUGCUAUGAGUGAAUGCUGAGUGGAGUCUGGUGGUCCUGACUGGAAUGGAUGGCAAAGGCCCUUUGUGUUCUGUCAGUGACACGUCAUGCUUUCUCUCUCACCGUCCAUGUUUCACACGUAAAGCGUGUACAUUUUUAAUAUUAUGAUUAAUAUAUUGUUAUUAAUGUCGUUUAUUAUUAUUAUUACUAUAAUUAUUACAACACAAAAGCAAUUUCGUGUCAUUUGUACAAUUCAUAAUUCUGGAUGCCAGUGAUUUUCCGAUAUAAGUCUUUCUUUUUUUUUUUGCUCAAACUUUUUUUUUUUGCCAGAUAGCAUGACACUCGGUGUAUUCACAGUGGCUGUUUCUAUAGUAACGAAGGAGGGGAGGUAGUUGAAGCACAGUGUUUUUUUGCAUAGGCUUCUCCAUGUGAUUGACGAUUUAAAGCUCACAGUCCAGAAGUGACGGUCCAGGUUCGUCUGUGUGCGUGUGUGUAGGGGACGGAGUGAUUUUAAAGACAGCGAUAUGUUUGGGGUCUUCCAGUCUUCAUUUGUGCCCUUUUUUUUUCCUUCUUUCACUCAACGUGAAAAGAGAGUGCAGAUACUAAGAUGUUUUCCAAAUCAGCCGUUCUGCUGGGAUUUUUUUUGUAGGGCACAAACAGAAUAAAAUCCAUCUGUUGUGGUCACAUAUCGUUGCUUAUUUUAGCCUGAUCUCAGCAGCAUCGUGAUUGUGAUAUCAGUAUUAUGCCGUAUAAUUGAACACGUCAGCUGAGCCUGGAAAGGACAGUUUCUGUAUACAUCUGUAGCUUAUCAGCCCAGCUCUUAACUAUAAGCCAUAAUCCUGCUAAAGGUGCUACAUAUUCUAGCGGGAGCGGUUCCUGCUUGUGGAGAGGACAUGCACGUCCAGACAGCACCUAUUAGUGGGUUCCUCAUAUAACUUUUGAAGGAGGCUAAUACUGUUCUUCAAUGUGAUGAUGCAAAAGGCUAAUGCAAGGCUACAACUUAAAUAAGGAGGAAGCAUGUAGCACACAUCUCUGAGGUGGCCGAGGCUGACUGAAGAUCUAAGUAGGGCUAAUUUGACAGAAUUGCAGGCGGCGAAGUGUUUUUGUGUUUUAAUAUCAUUUAUAAGUUGUUUGAUAUUAUCAGUACUACUUUUCGAUAUUUUGUUUUCAGAGGAGACACAUAUAUAGAUAUAUACAUUGUGUUUGUUUUUAGGUUUUAAGGUUCUUUGAAGGAGAUCGUUUGUACUUGAAAGCAUAUUGCUACCCUGGACAUGGAGGUAUACCCUGUGGUUAGGCUGCCUGUAAGGUAUCUUGUUUUUUGAUAAAUGAGCACAGAGUCAGGGGAGGUUUUUUAGUAGCGUCGGCGGCGUUGAGAAGCUUUUUGUAAUGCGAGGACAAUUGGAAAGUUUCGUUUAUGAAGUGUACUUAAGAAGAUGGACAUGUAACACAACAUAUCGCACUCAGAACAGCUGGUGUUUGGUCGGCUUUGGAGCUGCCAGCAAGCGUGAGGGACUCAAGUCUGAGAGAAGCCUAAUGGUCAGGUGAACAGAAUAACCGUUUGACCUUGGCUGGUAUGAUCCAGGGGGGGCAAACAAGGCCAUUUCAGAGGCUCAUUCAUUGUUUGUGUCCUCAGGUCAUAUUUAUUUAUUUAUUUAUUUAAGUAUUUUAUCUCACUUUUUUUUGACAUUCUUCUUCUUUGACAACUUCAUGUCUAUUGUACUUUUUUUUUUUCUUUACACUCACAAGCUCAUUUUACUCUUGAACUCUUCUAAAGCGUAGUGAAGGUAUCAGGCUUUAGUUGAAUAGAUUUUGAUAGAUUUUGAUUGACAUUACAGCUCUGGUAGACGUUUACAUGUCCCAAAGCCCCUUUUACAAAGCUGAAAUGAUUCGUAAAAGCUUACAAACAAUCCAUCUGUCAACUGGAGCGACCCCACAAGGCAAAAACCACCUGGGUAUCUGUUUUUGCUCUAGUGUUGUGCUUUUGACUUGGGUGUACUUUCAGAGUUGAUUCUUUGUUGUGGAUCCCCUCGUGUCCAACUCCGGAUGCUUCAUCUUGUCUCGUCUUGACGGAAAGUGAUAUGAGACUGUUACAUAUGUUUGUGUGCUGAAAACACCCCCGUCACUCCAACUCCCUGAACAUGUAAUGACAAAAUCCAAAAAAAAACAAAACAAAAAAAAGACAAAAAAAUAAAACAAAAACAGCAUGUAAAAAUGUACUAAUGUUCUUCUUUGUGUGUUUAGCAUUGAAAAUAAUCAUGUAAAAAAGUGAGGAUGCACAUUAUUACUAUUAAACAGGACACACAGUAUUAAAGCGGCAGUUUACUAGCAUUUUAGCCGGAAUUUCUUUGCAUGAGUCACUCAAACACAAAAGUUUGGUGUUAAAACUUCUUUUUUUCUUUUUUUGGUCAUUUUCAUUUUCUAUUGAAUGCUGGUUAACUAAACCUAUUUCUCUUAUCUAUUUUCCAAGCUUUGUAAGUGCAUAAACUAUUUUUGUCUCAAGAUGAUAAAGAUGCAGAUUAUUUAAAUGAAAGCUAUAAUGACGUUGUGGAGAUAAAGAUUAUGAAAAUUGGUGGUGAUAUUUCAAUGGCAUGCUUUUGUAUUCAAGCUCGUUGUUGUCAAUGCAGGGUUGCUGACAUUUAUGAAGGAAGAGGAUGCGAACACGUCUUGAGACUUUUCUACAUCACAAAUGCUGUAGUAUUACAGUAGAGUUACAACAGGAGUGCACGAAUCGCUGAAUAUUCCAUCCGCAUUCAGCUGGAGUAAUAGAAUUAUUCCCAUCAAUAGACAGUGAAGUAAUUAGUGGUUGUGCUUUUGCCAGUGCUGUUUAACACACGUCUGCCUAAAGAGUAUGGACUUGCUCUUUAUUCGUUUGUGGCGACUCUGAGACACUUGAUCUGAAUGCGUCGGGACGUGAUCCCACCUCAAGUGUAAAUGUACCAUAAACCGUAUAAGUUACCGCACACCACAUAAUAAGUUAAACACGAGCACGCUUCAGAAAGAUGUGAAUUACACUAGUAAUAUUUCCUGCACUGACAACACAGAGCUCAACUUUGUUUUUAGUACCGUAUUGUUUUCACUCUAUUCCUGAUCCCCCCCCCCAGCUGUUCUUCCGUUUCACCUCACUGGGUAGUUUCUCUGAAGUUGAAGUCUUCACAGUAGCCCUCUUGUCAGUUUUGGGUUUCUGUAUAAGAUAUUAAUCUAUUUAAUUUCUCUGAUUAUUCUUACUAUUAUUGUUGCUCUGUUCUCGAACCUGCUCUAUGUGUUACCUGACUUAAGGAAAUGUGUUCAAGUGUUCUAAAUAAAAAUGAAGAUUUAAAUA